AUGGGAUCUUUUUUUUACAGUUCCAUUUGAUAGAUACUUCUACAGUGAUAUCAAUUGAUUCUCUGUCUUUAUUGAUUCGUUCCUUCGAGACUUGACGAUAUGAAGAUCUAUUUAGCUUUAUUAGCGCUCGUUGGCGUCGUAAGCGCGGUGCCAACCCUUGUCGGUCGUGAUUUGGGGAAAAAUCUGAAUCUUCAUGGGUCAGUCUUAUCCCCGGAUGUUCUGAGCAAGGUACACUCGCCACAGACUGCGGCACAUAACGACAAAGAUAAUGGCGGGAACAAUAGCAACAACAACAAUAAUAAUGGUGGUCACGGCAACGGCAACGGCAACGGCCACGGUAAUGGCAACGGUAAUGGUAAUGGCAACGGUAAUGGCGAUGGUAAUGGCGAUGGUAACAGCAACGACGAUGGUAACGGUAAUGGAAACGAAGAUAAUGAUGACGGAGGCCUGCUUGUUGGCCGCGAUGCGCUCAAAAAUGUAAACGUUGUCGCGCCGGUAUUAAGUCCUAUCGUCGGAAGCCACGUUCAUAAUCCACAGAAUUCUGGAAAUAAUGACAAAAAUAAUGGAGGCAACGGUAGUGGUAACAAUAAUAAUAAUGGCAAUGGCAACGGCAACGGCAACGGGGACGGCAACGGGGACGGCAACGGGAAUGGUAAUGGGAAUGGCAACGGGAAUGGCGACAACGGGAAUGGCGACAACGGGAAUGGCGACAACGGGAAUGGCGACAACGGGAAUGGCGACAACGGGAAUGGCGACAACGGGAAUGGCGACAACGGAAAUGGCGACAACGGGAAUGGCGACAACGGAAAUGGCGACAACGGGAAUGGUAAUAAUGGUGGUGGCAGCAAUAAAAAAGUAAAACAGGCCAUGAAACAGGGUCAAGGAGUCAAGCAAAUCGCGUUUGGCGAUAAUAUAAACCAAUACGCCAAACCCACGCAAUUGGGGUUACAAGAUGGUAGCAAUUAAAUAUGGUUGCCUGGAUGAAAUUGCUCUGAGCGUCAAGGCAGCUAAUAAAUUAAGUUUUAGGUGAUUCAUUUUUUUUGUUUUCCAUUUGUGUUGUGAUUAAGUAGGUACAAAAUCGUAUUGUAGUGUGAUUAAGAAA